AUGGAGGUAGAUGGAACAUUUUUGUACGGUAAGUACCGACAAACUUUGCUAAUUGCUACGACUCAAGAUGGAAACAACUGUGUGCUUCCCAUUGCGUUUGCCAUUGUCGAAGGAGAAACCUUAUCUGCAUGGGAAUGGUUUUUAGUCAUGAUUCGUAUACAUGUGACAAAUAAGGCAGGGCUAUGUUUGAUCUCAAAUCGACAUCAAAGUAUAAAAAGUGCAGUCUCUAACCCACAUCUAGAUUGGCAACCUCCAAAUGCUUAUCAUGUUUAUUGCAUUCGUCACAUUGCAAAAUAUACACCAUCAAAACAUAUUUUUGAAUCUAAGCUUAAUACGUUUCGAUCACAAUCACCUAAAAUUCAGACUUGUAUAGAUAAUAUAUCAAAGGAAAAGUGGAGUUUGGCUUAUGAUGAUGAAGGAUGUCGUUAUGGCCACAUAACAACAAAUUUGUCUGAGUCCAUAAAUAAAGUUUUGAAAGGGGCAAGAAACCUUCCUAUUACUACCUUGGUCAAAGCUACGUAUGCACGAUUGGUAGAAUAUUUUGUGAAGCGUGGUGAAACUGCAAUGCAUGAGGUUAACAAUGGAGGAAGAUACUGUCAGAAAUUAAUGGAAGCUAUGGAAAAAAAUCAACAAGAAGCAUCUUCACAUCAAGUUCAGCGGUAUGACAUACAAAGAACAAGGUUUGAGGUUGAAGAGGCAUUUAAUCCAGUGAUACAAAGGGGUGGUCAUAAGUGGACAGUCAUAUUGUCCACACGUUAUUGUCAAUGCAAAAAAUUUAAGGCAUUUCAAUAUCCAUGCUCACAUGUCAUAGCUGUUUGUGCUCAUAUGAGUAUAGAUUUUUGGCAAUAUGUGAAUCUUGUUUAUACUUUAUAG